UCCAAAACCAAAAACAGAGCAAACUCUGUCUCUCUCUCUCACUCACUCUCAGUAAUUCUCCGCCCAGUUUCGGCUUCACUUUCGCCGAAGCUGAAACCUCCGCAUCGUAAACUUCACAACAACCAUAAAACCUUUUUUCCAUUCUCUCGACUGUCAGCGUCUUCCACCGUCGACGACAUGCGACUCCACUAAUCAUCCACAACCAGGCAAAUCUAUGGACGAACCAGCUCAACUUGAGAUUGAUAAUGGUGAUGAAAAUGAGAUGCCCACGUUGAUUAUUGACGAUAAAAGUCUCAGCAUUGCCGAGAGACGGGCCGCAAAAUGUGGGUUCAAUGCUGAGAGGAUCCAUACGGCCGCCGGUCCCGUUGGUUCGAGUUCGUGCUCGCCGGCGGCAUUGUCGCCGUGCCUCACUAUUCCACCUGGAAUUAGCCCCACCGCGUUGCUUGAUUCCCCCGUUAUGUUGCCCAAUUCUCAGCUAUCUCCCACUACUGGAACUUUUCUACUGCCGCCUUUUAAUCAUGAAAGUUCACUGUCAAAUACAUUGAAUCCUGCAGAUGAGGACAGGUGUGGUAGUUCAGGUUCCUUCUUCAGAUUCAAACCGCAUGGGAUGCCAGAUUCUCUACCAGACUUUUCUAGUUCAGAGGAUAAGGUAGUCCGUUCUCCUUCCAAUAUUGCUCAGAAAGCUGAUAUUGAUUAUCAAGCUCUUUUCACAUUGGACCUACCAAUGGAUUUUGAAUUUUCAGUGGAGGUUCCAAAAGAGAAUACUGCUAAUACUAUUGAUUCAGUUAAUGGUGCCAAAGUUUCUAACAGCAUGAUUGUGAAUGAUAAGCGUGGCAUUUUGCAACUGCAUUGUUCUGAUAGGGAUGGUGAUCUAACCUCUUUGCACAAACCCAUCCAUGGAGAGGAUGUUGGGAUGCAUCACCUUUCAGAAGUAGACCAGAAGAGCACAAACCCUUCCCUGGAGGUGGUAAAUACCUCAGAAGAUGUGUAUAAUUGGAGAAAGUAUGGGCAGAAACAGGUGAAAGGAAGUGAACAUCCAAGAAGCUAUUAUAAAUGCACUCAUCCAAAUUGUUUGGUGACAAAGAAGGUAGAGCGUUCCUAUGAUGGACAAAUUACAAAAAUCAUAUACAAGGGUGCCCAUAACCAUCCGGAACCACAGCCUAGUCGUCGACCAUUGCUUGGAUCAGCAAUUCCAUUUGAUGAAAUGUCAGAGAGAAGUGAAGGCAAAGUUGAAGACAGGAAGGAUGACAAACCUGGUUCUGACUGGCAUGCCGAUGGUCAUGAAAGGACAUCUUCUGCUUCUGUUAUUACUGAGCUUUCUGAUCCACUAUCGCCCACCCAUGUGAAAUCUUUUGGUACAUUUGAUUCUUCAGAUACUCCAGAGCUUUCAUCUACACUUGCUAGCCAUGAUGAUAAUGAUGAUGGUGGCACCCAGGGAGGCAUAUUACAUGGUGAUGAUGCCAAUGAUAAUGAAUUGCAGUAUAAAAGAAGGAAGAUGGAGAACAGUUUGCUUGAAACAAAUUUGGCAUCAAGAGCUGUUCGUGAACCUAGAGUUGUCGUCCAAAUAGAGAGUGAACUAGACAUACUUGAUGAUGGGUAUCGCUGGCGGAAGUAUGGGCAGAAAGUUGUCAAAGGAAAUCCUAAUCCUAGGAGCUACUACAAAUGCACGAGUGCCGGUUGUUUGGUCAGGAAGCAUGUGGAAAGAGCCUCACACAAUUUGAAAUGUGUUAUCACAACUUAUGAGGGAAAACACAAUCAUGAAGUGCCUGCAGCCAAGAACAGCAGUAAUGUGAAUUCAAGUGUUAAUAAUUUACUCCCAGCUGUUGGUAAUGCUCAAACAGGCUUGACAUUGCCCAGAAACACCUACGCCGCAAAGCCAGAGCAACAAAUUCAAGAUAUGGCUCCGUGUUUUGAAAGGAAACCUGAAUUUAACAAUGAAUAUUUGAGACCUGGCCUUAUUGGAAAUUUUAGUAGUGAUAUGAAGUUUGGGAUUCCAUCCAUUUACCUAAUGAAGUUUCCCCCCUUACAAAAUCCUUAUGGCUCUUUUGGACUGAACACCAACCGCGGUCUAACUCAUCAGUCUGGUUCAAUCAACACAGCUGUUCCUGAUUUCCCAUUUUCCCUGCCAUGGGUUUUCCCCUCAUCAUCAAAUCUUUCUCUACCCGGUUGUGAUUUUAAUAACAGUAAUGGAAAACCAGUAGGUCCGGUUCAAUCUUUCCUUUCCAGGCAACCGGUGAAGGAGACUGAUACGAGGUUCCUAAGACCUAAGCAGGAGCAAAAGGAUGAUACCCUUCAUGAUGCCUGCAUGCCCAUUGUUGAUAAUACAUCAUCAUCAUCUUCAUCAUCGGUUUAUCACCAGGUGAUAGGCAAUUUUCCGUCUUAAUACAUGAUUCCAAGGUAAUAAAUUUGGACUACGUCAUCGGUUAAUGACGAGGUGAUGGACAAUUUUCCAUUUUAAUACAAGAUUCGAAGGUAACAAUUUCAGACUCCGCUUGCUUUUCUCUUAAAUUAUAAGGUUUCUAGCAAUAAUACGGCUAUUACACUUUGCUUAUAUUGAUAUUGAAGCAUAUGCCAUUUUUGCAUAAAAAUUGUUUACAAUUGUAUCUACGGACCCCCUGAAGAGUAUUCAAUAUUAUCAGAAGGAAUUUAUCUUUACAGAGAGCAAAAUUGAUCAGAAGCUCACAGUCUCUCUCUCUGUUUCAUGUUUCUUCUUGCUUUUGAUUAACUCCAAAUUUAAUUACCAUUUAAAGAAUGUAAUAUUGUUAUUGAAUUUUUAUUUAUUCACCUAAGCCUUUUAUGUUUAAGUAGUAACUUAGUGAUUCUCCAUGAAUUUUUACAGAGAUGUUGCUUAAAUGAUUUGACUUCUUUUCUGAUGAUGUAUAUAUAGUUAUUCUAUUGCACUUACAUGUUUUUGCUAGUUUUUUUUAAUGCAAUGUCGGGAGCCCUACCCCCGACAUUAAGAGUA